ACUCGUGACAUGGGCAUUGGGAAGGAUGGGGUCUUGCCAUGGAAGCUUCCUGGUGAUCUUAAAUUCUUUAAAGAGUUUACACUAAUUACAUCUGAUCCUGUCAAAAAGAAUGCAGUUAUAAUGGGAAGGAAAACAUGGGAGAGCAUUCCAGUUAAGUCAAGGCCAUUGCCUGGUCGUUUGAAUGUCAUACUUACUCGAUCUGGUACUUUUGAUUUUGCAACAGUAGAGAAUGUUGUUAUCUGUGCAAGUAUGGAGUCUGCCUUAAAACUGCUAGCAUCAACUCCAUAUUGCUUAUCAAUUGAGAAAGUGUUUGUUAUAGGAGGCGGGCAGGUACUGAGAGAAUAUCUUAAAGGACCUGCAUGUGAGGCUAUCCAUCUAACUGACAUUCAGUCGAGCAUUGAGUGUGACACUUUCAUCCCUCCGGUUGACUUCUCAGUGUUCCAGCCAUGGUAUUCAUCUUUCCCGGUGAUAGAGAGCAACAUUAGGCAUUCGUUUGUGUCUUUUGUUCGUGUUAGAAAGUCAGUGGCAGAAACUCAUGAGUCAAAUGGCAAGGAAUCAACCGAGGUUGAUACCAAGAAUGACAAAUUUGAAAAAGAGAAUUUCUCUUUUCUCCCCAAGAUGGUAUAUGACCGCCAUGAGGAGUACCAAUAUCUCAAUCUUGUUGAAGAUAUUAUAAGAUCUGGUGCUCAGAAAAACGACAGGACAGGAACUGGAACAUUGUCAAAAUUUGGGUGUCAGAUGCGGUUCAACUUAAGGAAAAAAUUUCCUCUGAUGACAACAAAGGAAGGCGAGGUGCCUGGUUGUUCUGGCGGUACUGUUGCUGCUGAGGGAACUAUCUCUGGUACUGCUGCUGGUGCUGACGCUGAUGUUGAUGCUGGUGGCCUUGCUUGA